AUGAGCGUUUCCAGCAAACUGUGCUCCUUCGACUGGCUUGGGAUAUGUCUUGUGAGCACAGCCUAUGUUCUUUUCGCCUUGGUAUUCUCCAUGGGUGGUUCUCGUUGGGCCUGGAAUGCCGGUUCGACCAUUGCCUUGAUUGUCCUUUUCGGCGUCGCGUCCAUCACCUUUGCUGUCACGCAGCAUUUCUGCGUUUUCACGUCUCGCCAAAAUAGAGUGCUUCCUGCCCAUUUCUUUCAGAACUGGGACCUUGCCGGUUCGUUCCUCUGCAUAGCAUGUGGCAUAGGAUCAAUCUUCAUCAGCAUCUAUUACAUUCCGUUGUACUUUCUCUUUGUCCAUGGAGAAUCGGGUACACAGUCCGCCAUCCGGAUGUUGCCAUACGUAUGCACCUACAUCACUGGGGUGGUUACAUGCGGCCUGUUGAUGAAACGCACCGGGUACCCCAUCGUUUGCUACAUAGCCGCCAGCAUACUCCUUGUCGUGGGUAGUGCCCUAUGGUCCACUGUCAAUGAGACUACUGCCAUGGCGACAACUUAUGGUUAUUCUAUCCUUGUGGGCUUCGGUAUGACUACUACACAAGCAGGCUUCUCGCUCGGCCCACAGAUCGUAAAUGCCGCCGAUGCACCUGAUGUGAUACGCUUCCUUACCAUCGCUCAGCAGUCUGGCCAGGUGACGGUUCUUGUGAUCGCGAGCGCCAUCUUUCAAAACCUGACAUUUGACAAACUCAAGCGCAUUCUCCAAGGGACUGGAUACUCAGACUCCGAUAUUCAAGCCGCGAUGGCUGGAACUAAGAGUCGCAUGUUGGAAAGCCUCAGCCCCCAAUUGCGUCAACGAUGCAUUCAAGCUAUCCGCAGCCAUGCUGCUUAG